AUGGCUGAAUUUCCACCUGUAGAAAUAGGCACCCGAGGCACAGUUGGGUCCCUUCUAAGGCAAGAAAUUGAGUACUUCAGCAGGCUUGAAUUAAAUUCCCAAGGCUGGUCACAGAAGAACAAAUCUCAAACUAUCAACAUGGCUUCCUCGGUUAGCACUGAUUCCAGACCCUCAACUGUAUCCAGAGUAGAAACUACAAAGAAAAAGCGAGGAAGUAACAAGCUCUUGCCAAGGAUGUGUUCUGUGGUCGAUGUAUUUGACAACAAACCUGAAGUCUGA